AUGGCUCUCACUGCUGACGUUGCAAAACACAGAUACAAUAAGGAUCUGUUCAAUGCUUUGACGAGAGGGGAGGAAGAUAAAGUGAUCCAACUUUGCCGAGAAAAUCCAGAGGGUCCAUUGCACGUCCUAUCCUUACACAAAGACACCGUCCUUCAUGUGGCCACCUACUCCAAACGAAAAGAUUUAGUACUCAAUUUACUCCAAGAGUUACCCGAAGGACAAUUUGCUAAACUGACGCAUCAGAAUGACGCUGGAAACACCGUACUCCACGAGGCGGUCACUUCUGACAGAACAGUCAAAGUUGCGACGGAAUUGUUGCUCAAAGCACCAGAACUGCUAAGUAUGCACAACCAGAAUGGAGAGACGGCUCUAUUUUGUGCUGCCCGUUAUGGCAAAAGCAAGAUGUAUGAGUAUCUUGAUGAUGAAAUGAACAAAAGCAUCAAAGAUCCAGCAGAAUUGAAGGCCUUCCAUUAUAGGGAUGACAAAACCACUAUACUUCAUUUGUCCAUACUCAACGAGUACUUUAGUAAGUAG